AUGGACGAAAAGCUUAGAAAUCUCGAUGCAAAGGUAUGAUAGUAAUUUUCACAUGUAAAUUAAGUCAUAGUAAGAAUAAAACGUGCCCCUGUUAUUGGCAUUUCCAAACCUUAAUUUAAAGGUGUGUACUAUGUAGAAAUUAACUAUACAGUAUAUACAGUACUUAUCAAAAUAUUUCCUUACUCUAAACUGUUGUUUGUGAUAGGUAGAGAACAUAGUUAGUCAGAUAGAAGACCUUGAAGAUAUUAAGCAAGAGCUGAGACAACCUGAUAAAAAGGGUCGAGCUAGUCAAUUGUCUGAAAAGGCACUGCAGAGUAGAAAGGACAAUCCCACUGGUUUUGAGAAUGGUAAAGUUACACUAACAACACCUAAUGCAAGGAUGAGAAGGAAGGAAACCUUUAUGGUUGCCCAGGAAAUCCAUGGAGGUAGCAGGGAAAGUUCAGUACCAGGAGCUGUAGGUUUAGUAGACACUGCCUUAAACAAAUGUAGUUCAAAUGUAUUAGUCGAUGUAAUGUCUGCCAACAAAAAUUUCACGAAGCAUGUUAUGCCGUCUAUAUACAAAGGAAAUUUAAAAGCAUAUGAGUCUUCAGAAGAGAAUAUGAUCAGAAGCGUUAGUGUCUAUUAUUGUGGAGGCAUAGCUGGUAAAAAGAAAUAUCGAAAAAUAUACCGAAAUAGUUGUUAUAAGACAAGUAAUAGCAGUAAGGGUCGUGUCCGUCUUUCCAUCCAUGAAUGCCCCAUGCCAAGGCUUGUACCAUAUGACAAGCUUAUGCCAUUUAUUAAAUCGAUAAAUGUAGGUAAUAUUUACAGUGUUUACGAUACUCUUUGUGAUGAUCUUGAUGAAGAUGAUAAAGUAUGCAGUUGUUAUCGUAGCUUGAAGGAGCUGCUCCUACGUCUUGCAGAGUUUUACUUGUCUGGCAAAAGUGGUUAUACCCUAACCUGGUUCGGAGAAGAAUAUACCUUUUUAAUAACCUUAGGAGGGGACGGGGGCACCAUUUGGGAAAGACGAUACAGCAACUGCCUGGUUGGUAGGAUUCUUAUAAACGUCUAAUAAUCGCACGCGCAGUUUGAGUUGCCCGCGCGAUUGUCCGCGCGCGCAAUUUUCUGAGUUGGAAAGCCCUGAUAUAACCUGCCACUAUUAAACCCCAUGAAGCCUACUCCAGAAUACCAGUAGUAUUUAACAUGUUGUUUUGUAUGUUUAAUGAAGGUUUGACCCUAUGGUGCGGAGUUGUUGCAUGUGAUACGAAGCCAAACACAGUUAUUUCAAAAGAUUGGCAUCAUACUUGGGGAAUUUUACAAAUGUUGCUCUAAGCUUGGGAGAGCGUCAUAAGCUCGCACAUGUUAUCUUUUGAGUUCGCAGAAUGGUCAAACUCCAAAUGAACCUCUAGCCAAGAAACCAAAGAUUGGUAAUUUAAAAUUUGAAACUUGUUAAUUUCCAGUUUUAAUCAAAAUCUGGUUUGAAAUAACUUUGGUUGUAUUCUGCCAAUUAUUUUCUAGAGUCUGGAAAACAAGUUGUUGCUGGAGAUAGUGAACAUUUUGACAUGUUGAAAGAGAAAGAACCAUCCCUUGCUGACACUGAUAUCUUGUGCAUGUAAGUAAAGAGAUUUCAGUAGCAUUAAAUAGUAGAUACCAUAUGUUCAAACUAUCCCAGAUCAAUGCAGAUUGUGAUGGUGUGUGUGUGAGAUGGCGAGUUUGUUAGACAAUCUUUAUUUCCCAAGUAUUUAUUUAAUAUUUUCGUUGCAUGGAUAUUUUUAAUAUGUUUACCCAAGAAUGAAAACUUAAGACAACACCCUAAAUUCUCGCCUCCAAAGUUAGGUUGACCCAAGGCCACCGAUAUCUUUAAUCUUGCUUUAGGCCUGUUUUGACAUACAAGCAUUAAAUUCAAUUUCUUUACAUUAUUUAGGCCAAGAACUGUUUCACUCCAUGGUACAAGUUACAGAGUUGGUGCUAUUGUGUAUGUUGGAUAUGUCGACGAGCUUCCUGCUUUUGCAUCCAUUCAAGGAAUUUUUGUACUUGGUACAAAGAUUUAUUUCAUUGUGAAGAAACUUGAAACAAUAAUCUUUUCAAGCCAUUUCCACUCCUAUGAGGUUCGAAGACCAGCACAUGCAGAUUUGUUUGUUUUAGAGCCAGAGAAGUUGAAGUUAUACCUUCCAAUGCAUACAGUAAAGGCAUCCAGAUGUCAAAAUGGUCAAUUGUAUGUGACACCCAGAUAUCUGCCAAUGUGAAUUUUGUAAAUACAUGUACAGUAGUUGUAUGUAAAUUAAGUAUUCAAUGAUUAAAUGAUUGUGUAAAACUAAUUAUACAUGUAAUUCUAAACAAUAAUUGAUUGACUCACUUCAUAUUUUAUAUGCUGGACACCUUAAGUUAAUCCUCUAUAAUUCUAUUAACCAAUGGUUAAUCCUCUACUGGAUUUUAAGCAUUCACUCUAAUACCAGACAAUUUUACUUUUUAGCGAUAACACUGAUAGCACUGACAGUAAAUGGGUUUACAGGGUUAGUUAUAGUAUUAGUAAAUAGAUUAGGAUUAAAUUUGGUAAUGAUGGCAUGUUUUGUGUUAGCUUAUGGACUAGGGUGCACAGACUUGUCAUCUAACAUACAUUUUUAUAUACCCCCACUUUAUGUACAAGGAUUCCCACAGCAGUGCAUGUGUGAGAGGAGUAGCCAGGCCCAGCCCCCGUGAGAGAAUGUUGCCCCUCUGGUAUAUCUAACUUUUGUGUGCUUUAGUUAAGUUGCCUCACCCCCACCCCGGAAAUCCUGGCUAUGCCUCUGGUGAGAAUAAGGAUUAGGGGUUAGGGUUUGUUAUGUAUGGUCAGGAUAAAGCAUAUUUCGUAGAACAUAUGCAUCCACAAAGGUUUAUUAACACAAGCAGCAAUCAUUUGUACAAUUUAUAAAUCUUUAAUCUAUUUCAACUAUCCAUACUGCUGAUACUGUUAAAAAAAUGUUGCCAUUCUCCAAUAGAGUCUGUCAUCUUUAAAGUGGGACAUUCUUCUUCACCCUGUACAGGAGACACAUCAAUUGUUUUGUUUGGUUCAUGAGCAUCAGUUUCAAGGAUGAUAGUGUCAUCUGACUGAUAGUCCUCUUUUCUUUUUUCUUUUUUUUGUUUCUUCACUUUCUUUUUUUCUUUUUUUGCCUUUUUUCUUUUCCUUGUCUUUUUUGCUAUAACCUCAUCCGACAGAUAAAAUUUAUAUUAUUAAUGAAAUAAAAAUUAGAUAAUGAAAUUCCUAAAUAGCUAAUUAUAUAUAAUACUAAAACCUGGAUUAAAAGAAGUGUUUCCAAGGGUGGUGCAACAGGGGUCUAAAGGCAGAUGGGGGGAUUGUGUCUAAGCCCCCCCCCCCCGAAUGUUUUAAAAUUGGCUAAACGUGUACUAAAAAGUCCAUUGAAAAUAAAUUUUUGUUGCAUACAAGGAACCGAGUCUCAGAAUGCACGAAAUAGCGUUUUAGAGUGUGUGUGUGUGUGUGGGGGGGGGGGACGUUAAACACGGUAGACAUUUUCUUGUUUUUUUGUCGCCAAAUUUUGGAGAAUUAGCCCCCUCUCAAACUAAGAGUAAGACAUCUAACGCCACUGAUAAUUUCAGCCGACAUCUUAUGUUGUAUAAGGAUAUUUCUGAACAGGCAUGAUGCAGAAUUAAUAAGGCGGUAUUUAAAACAGUGCCUCACUAUUCAUGUAUUUAUAAUAAUCGGGUCUUAUUUUUGUUAUAAACCGUAUUAUACAGUUUAUAACAAAAAUAAGACCCAAUUAUUAUAAUAGAAACACGCUGACCUUUUCCUUCACCUCAUUCUUCUUUGUUUAUACUUUUAGUGUCAUGUUUAACUCCUUUUCGACCGGCCCUGUGAAAACUAUUGCAGAACUGCAAUAGUAUUUUGGAGGUUCAUAUCUUUGGUUCAGUACAUGCUACGUAGAUGAAAAUACCACCAUUCGAUUCAGCGAAAUAAUAUGUCAUGAUUCCUAGUGAUAGUUUUAGUCAAAGAAAAACGUUAUAGCGAUUUAUGACCUUUGAAGGGUCAAGAGGUAUCAUAUUUCAACAAAUUACAUAUUUGUUCGAAAAAUGUAAACAAUGUAUCACUAAAGUCAUACAUUUCGCCGGACACAACUUCGGCCCCUUCGAACAUGUGUUAUUCGUUGUAGUCUUGUUCGAUUCACAAUCAAAAACACUAAUUCCUUUAGAUGAGCAAACUAUAUCUAAGUCUGCAUUUAUCACACCACGAGGAUUGUUUGAAUUUAUUGUUAUGCCAUUUGGCAUGAAAACUGCCCCUGCUAUUUUUCAAAGAAUGAUGUGUAAUAAUGUAUUACAGGGUUUAGAAUCUUUUGCAGAUGCUUACAUUGAUGACGUGGAAGUUCAUACAGCAACCACAUUUGCGCAACAUUUGAUACAUCUCCAAACAUUUCCAAAACCGGAAACCAAAAAGCAAGUUCGUUCAUUCUUAGGGCUUACUGGAUAUUAUCGUAGAUUUGUAAAAAAUGAUGCUGAUAUUGCCGUCCCUUUGACAAACUUGACAAAGAAGGGAGAACCUACAAGGGUACGCUGGACAAGGGUACGCUGGACAAGCGCAUGUGAAAACGCGUUUUCUAAGUUAAAAUCAAUGUUAAAGUCACCUCCAGUGUUAAGACUGCCCAAUUGGGAUAAUUUAUUUAUUCUACAAGUCGAUGCUUCUGAUUUUGGUGUAGGAGCUAUUCUUAGUUAGAUAUGGAAGACCGGAACAUCCAGUAGCAUUUGCAAGUAGAAAACUAAAGCCUAGAGAAAUGAAGUUGUUGACAACAGAGAAGGAGUGUUUAGCGAUAGUGUGGGCUGUAGAAAUGUUUCGCUACUAUCUGUUUGGGAGAAAGUUUAAGCUCCAAACAGAUCAUAAUCCUUUAGUGUGGUUAAACCAGGUAAAGAAGAAAUUAUUGAGAUGGAGUUUAACUCUUCAAGAAUAUGACAUUGAGCUAGAGCACAAAAUUGGAGAGAAGCACAUGAAUGUGGAUGCUUUGAGUAGGUUGCCAUAG